AUGUCACCAUCAUUGUCACCACCCUCAUCAGCACCCAUCAUUGUCACCAUCAAUGUCACCAUCAUUGUCACCACCAAUGUCCCCAUCAUUGUCACCUUCAAUGUCCCCAUCAUGGCCACCAUCCUCAUCCUCACCAUUGUCACCAUCAACGACCUCACAUCCAGCGAGGAGCCACUGGAUGACCCCUGGAUGACCCCUGGAGAAACCUCAGCACCUCCAAACGCUUCUGGGGCACCUCCCACGGCGCGGGAGGUCCCUUCCCCCCAGGAAAGGGAGGAACCGGAGGCGCUGGGGCCCCGUGGGGCCGCCACCGGUCCGGUGGCCUGGUGGACCUCCUGGCGUGGUCAGCGCUGGUGGCCCGGCCUGCAGGGUGGCAGGAGUGUCACACGCCUGCGCCCCGGAGGUGACACAGGGGACGACGGAGGUGGCGCGCCUGCGCCCCGGAGGGUGACCAUGGUGACGCCGGCGGUGCUGCGGCUGGAGGCGGACGAGCAGGUGGUGCUGGAGGCGCCGGGGCUGAGCGCGGCCGCCGAGGCCUCGCUGCUGGUGCAGGACUUCCCGCAGAAGCGCCAGGUCCUGUUCCAGAGCCGCGUGGCGCUGAGCCCGGCCCAGGGCAUGAUGGCCGCGGCCACCAUCAAGGUGCCGGCCAAGGCACUGCCGCAGGCGCAGGGGAAGCAGUUUGUGACGGUGACGGCGCGGGUGGCCGCGGUGACACUGGAGAAGGUGCUGCUGGUGUCCCCGCAGAGCGGCCACAUCUUCGUGCAGACCGACAAGCCCAUCUACACCCCGGGGAGCACCGUGCUCUGCCGCCUCUUCACCGUGGGCCACCUCAUGCAGCCGGUAGCCAAGACGGUCAUCGUGGAGGUCAAGACGCCCGACAACGUCAUCAUCAAACAAGUCCCGGUCUCGUCCCCGACCAAAAAUGGGAUCCUGACCAUCAACCACAACCUGCCCGAGGUCGUCAGCUUGGGCAUGUGGACAAUUUCGGCCAAAUUCGAGGAUUCCCCGGAUCAGGAUUUCAGCGCCCAAUUCGAGGUCAAGGAAUACGUGCUGCCGAGCUUUGAGGUGUCCGUGGAUCCCGAGGAGAAGUUCCUGUACAUCGACCGCCAGGCGGAUUUCCGGGUGUCCAUCCUGGCCAGGUACCUGUACGGGAAGCGCGUGGAGGGGACGGCCUUUGUCCUCUUCGGGGUCAUGGUGGACGACGAGAAGAAGAGCAUUCCCCAGUCACUGCAGCGCGUCCUGGUGCAGGACGGUGACGCCGAGGCCGUGCUGUCCAUGGCUCACCUGCGCGAGCGCUUCCCCAACCCCCAGGAGCUCGUGGGACACUCCCUCUAUGUCACUGUCACCGUCAUCACCGAGUCAGGCAGUGACAUGGUGGAGGCCCAGCGCGGUGGCAUCCCGAUCGUGACGUCGCCCUACAGCAUCCACUUCACCCACACCCCCAAGUACUUCAAGCCGGGGAUGCCCUUUGACCUCACGGUUUAUGUCACCAACCCCGACCAGUCCCCGGCGCCGCGUGUCACCGUCCAGGCCGAUGGCUUCCAGGGCCAGGUGGCCACACAGCGCGAUGGCACGGCCAGGCUGGUCCUCAACAUGCCAGCCAACAAGGACAGCGUCCCCAUCACCGUGCGGACGGCCCAGGCGGGGCUGCCACCAGAGCGCCAGGCCUCGCGGCAGAUGACGGCCCAGGCCUAUCGCAGCCAGGCCGGCUCAGGCAACUUCCUGCACCUGGCGGUGGCCGCCACCGAGCUGCAGCCCGGGGACAACCUGGCCGUGAACUUCCACCUCAAGACCAGCAACAACGACGUCCGCAACUCCGUCCCGUUCUUCACCUACCUGAUCAUGACCAAGGGACGCAUCGUCCGAGCCGGCCGGCAGCGGCACGAGGCCGGCCAGAGCUUGGUGACCAUGACCCUGCCGGUGACGCCGGAGCUCAUCCCGUCCUUCCGCAUCGUGGCCUACUACUACGUCCUGCCCGGCGAGAUCGUGGCCGACUCCGUCUGGGUGGACGUCAAGGACACCUGCAUGGGCACUCUGGUGGUGAAGGGGGCGACGGAAGGUGACAACCGUGUGCACGAGCCGGGGACCCCCAUGAGGCUGCGCAUCGAGGGCGACCACAAGGCCCACGUGGGGCUGGUGGCCGUGGACAAGGGGGUCUUCGUCCUCAGGAAGAACAAACUCACCCAGACCAGGGUUUGGGACACGGUGGAGAAAAGUGACAUCGGCUGCACGCCGGGCAGCGGCAGGGACAACGUCGGGGUCUUCGCGGACGCUGGCCUGAGCCUGACCACCAGCGUCAAGGUCACCACGCCCCAGCGGUCAGAGGUCCAGUGUCCCCAGCCGGCCAAACGCAAGCGCCGCUCGCUGGCACUCGCCGAGUACAAGGGCACCAAGGCGGCCGAGUACUCGGACAAGCUGGAGAGGAAGUGCUGCCAGGACGGGAUGAAGGACAACCCGAUGGGACACAGCUGCGAGCAGAGGACCGAGUACAUCCAGGAGGGCGAGGCCUGCGUCCGUGCCUUCCUCGACUGCUGCAGAUACAUCAAGGCCAAGCGGGACCAGCAGAACUUCUCACCCAGCACCGGGCUGGCCAGAAGCCAUGAGGACGACGAUCCGUUCUUGGAGGACUCGGACAUCGUCUCACGGAGCCUCUUCCCCGAGAGUUGGCUGUGGCAGGUGGAGCAGCUGACGGAGCCACCCAACGAGCUGGGGGUCUCGGCCAAGACGCUGCCCGUGUACCUGAAGGACUCCAUCACUACCUGGGAGGUCCUGGCGGUCAGCCUCUCCCCCUCCAAAGGGCUGUGCGUGGCCGACCCCUACGAGAUCACGGUGAUGAAGGAGUUCUUCAUUGACCUCCGCCUGCCCUACUCGGUGGUGAGGAACGAGCAGGUGGAGAUCCGUGCCAUCCUCUACAACUACUGGUUGCACGACAUCACGGUGCGCGUGGAGCUGGUCUACAACCCCGACCUGUGCAGCCCCUCCACGGCCAAGCGGCGCUUCCAGCAGGUCCUGAGGAUGAAGGCCGAGUCCUCGCGCACCGUGUCCUUCGUCAUCGUCCCCCUCAAGCUCGGCCUGCUGGACAUCGAGGUCAAGGCGGCCGUCCGCAACCAGUACGUGGGCGACGGGGUCAAGAAGAAGCUCCGAGUUGUGCCCGAGGGGAUGCGGCUGGAGAAGACGGUGAAGAUCGUCGAGCUGGACCCGCAGAACAAGGGAGUCAACGGGGUGCAGGAGGAGCGGGUGAAGGCCGCCGACCUGUCGGACAUCGUCCCCAACACCGAGUCGGAGACCAAAGUCAGCAUCCAGGGCAACCCCGUGUCCAUCAUCGUGGAGAAGGCCAUCGAUGGGGCCAAGCUGAAGCACCUGAUCGUGACGCCGUCGGGUUGUGGGGAGCAGAACAUGAUCGCCAUGACCCCGACGGUCAUCGCCGUCCACUACCUGGACAGCACCGAGCAGUGGGAGAACUUUGGCAUCGACCGCCGGGCGGGGGCCAUCGAGCUGAUCAAGAAAGGUUACACCCAACAGUUGGCCUUCCGCAAGCCCGACAGCUCCUACGCCGCCUUCAUCAACCGCCCCUCCAGCACCUGGCUGACCGCCUACGUGGUCAAGGUGUUCGCCAUGGCCAGGAAGCUGACGGACAUCGAGCACGGCGAGAUCUGCGGCCCCCUCAAGUGGCUCAUCCUCAACAAGCAGAAGCCAGACGGGGUCUUCCAGGAGGACGCGCCCGUCAUCCAUAAGGAGAUGGUGGGAGGCUACCAAGGCGCCGAGCCCGAGGUGUCCCUCACCGCCUUCGUCCUCAUCGCCCUGGAGGAGGCACGGGACACCUGCAAGGACCACGUCAACAACUUGGACGAGAGCAUCAACAAAGCCGCCGGAUUCCUGGCCCGGCGCUACGAGCAGCUGACCCGGCCCUACACGGUGGCCCUGGCGUCCUACGCGCUGGCCCUGGCCGGGAAGCUCAAGACUGAGAGGAUCCUCAUGAGGUUCUCUAAAGGUGGGGCCAGCUGGGAGGAGCACAACGCCCGCACCUACAACAUCGAGGGCACGUCCUACGCGCUGCUGGCGCUGGUGCAGAUGAAGAAGUCGGAGCUGGCCGGGCCGGUGGUCCGGUGGCUCGCCCAGCAGAACUACUACGGAGGGGGCUACGGCUCCACCCAGGCCACCAUCCUGGUGUUUCAAGCUCUGGCCCAGUACCAGGUGGCCACGGAGGCCCAGCAGCAGCUGGAGCUGGACGUGUCGGUGCUGCUGCCGCGCCGCGCCAGCCCCAUCAAGUACCGCAUCAAGAACAGCAACGCGCUGGUGGCACGCUCCGCCGAGACCAAGCUGAACGAGGACUUCACGGUCAAGGCCGAGGGCGUGGGCAAGGGGACAAUGACAGUGGUGACCGUGUACCACGCCAAGGUCCCCGAGAAGGAUGACAAAUGUGACAACUUCGACCUGAGCGUGGACGUGGAGGAGGUCAACACGGGCAAGGAAGAGGAGGAUGUCAUCAGGUCUGUGAAGAUCACCAUCUGCACCAGGUACCUGGACACCGUGGAUGCCACCAUGUCCAUCCUGGACGUCACCAUGCUCACCGGAUUCUCACCAGACGUGCAGGACCUGAGGAGGGUCAGUGUGGGUGCUGUCAGGUACAUCUCCAAGUUCGAGCUGGACCAGGACAAAGAGCGGAGCAACGUCGUCAUUUACCUGGACAAGGUGUCCCACAAGGCCCAGGAGUGUUUCGCCUUCAAGGCCCACCAGAGGUUCCAGGUGGGGCUGAUCCAGCCCGCGGCCGUCAGCGUCUACAGCUACUACAGGAUCGACGAUCGCUGCACGCGGUUCUACCACCCGGACAAGGAGGGAGGGAAGCUGAACAAGAUCUGCCAGGGGGACGUUUGUCGCUGCGCCGAAGAGAGCUGCUUCAAGCGCCAGGAGAAGCCCGAGGCCAUCACCGUCAACCAACGCAUGGAGCGCGCCUGCGAGCCCGGGGUGGACUUUGUGUACAAGGUGAGGGUGGUGGCCCGUGAGGAGACCCCGUCCCACGACAAUUACAUCAUGGAGGUCCUGACGGUCAUCAAGAUGGGCACGGACGAGGACCCGGCCGGGAGCAACAGGACCUUCGUGAGCCACCAGCAGUGCAGGGACGCACUGCGGCUGCGCAGGGGACAGGACUACCUGGUCUGGGGACAGGCCAGCGACCUCUGGGUCACCGGCAGACACUUCUCAUACCCGAUCGGGAAGGACAUGUGGCUGGAGGAGUGGCCCUCGGAGGCCGCGUGCCAGGACGCGGCGCUGCAGCAGCGCUGCCAGGACUUCGUCGAGUUCUCCGAGUCCAUGACGCUCUUCGGCUGUCCCAGCUGAGUCCCCAAGGUGUCCCCACCCUGGGGUGGCACCAACGCUCCGGUGGCACCUGGGUGCCACCGCUCUUCUCCGGGUGCUUUUUGUCCCCUCCCCGCCUUUUUUGGGUUUUUUUCUCUUUUUUUUUGGUUAAAAAAGUCA